AUGGAUUUGUUUCGUAAGCCCAAAAAACGGACUGCCCCAACACAGGUUCUGCGAAAGAAAGAGAGCUCUAGCGAUGAAGAGCCUGAAGAGAAUGUCAAGGAUUUGAUAGCAAAGCGACGUCGAGCUAACCCAAUGAUUCAAUCGACGAAGAAAAAAGAAAUGAACAACGCUCAACAUUCAGAAGAUGAUUCCGAUGAUUCAGAUGAUGCGAACAUUGCAGUGGCAACACAUUCGUUUGCGGCUACAGGAGAAGCUGGGCCAUCUGGACCUCUGGAUCAAGGAGCAACAUCAACCGUUGAGAUCGAUACAGACUAUUCCCGAGAUUCUCAAGCUCAAUUCGAACGUGUUCAACAGCAACUGAAGGAAGGAGUUGAAAAAGAUGGAAAGAUUCUUUACAAAGGAACUGCGAUGUAUGGUGCGAAAGAAGCUAAAGAUACAGCAAAAGGAAACGCGUCAAGUAUGUAUAAUCGAGUUGGUCCAAUUCGAGCUUCCCAGUUUCUUCGUGCAACAGUGCGUUGGGAUUUCGCUCCGGAUAUUUGCAAAGACUACAAGGAAACUGGAUUUUGUACAUUUGGUGAUUCCUGCAAAUUCGUUCACGAUCGCUCGGAUUACAAGCACGGAUGGGAAAUCGACGAAGAAUACGAAGCCGGAAAGUAUGGCGUAGAAGAUGAUGAGGAUUAUGAAAUUCGUGAUCAAGACGAUGCUUUCCCAGAAGAUUGUUUCAUUUGCGGCAACCCAUUCGUUGAUCCCAUUGUCACCAAGUGCAAGCACUAUUUUUGUACCAUGUGUGCAUUGAAUGCUUUCAAAAAAUCAUCGAAAUGCCCCGUUUGCCAUCAGAAUACUGAGAAGAUUAUGAACGCUGCUAAAGACUUGAUAAACUUCCUGAAGAGAAAGAAGAAAUUGGAAGCCGAGAAAGAAGCAAAACAAGAAGAAGAAGAACAGGAAGAAGAAGCAUCUGCGCAUGAGGGAUGUAGCCAUAAACACGGAGAUGAUCUGGAACAACAAGAUGAAGGUCCCGAAGUUGACGGUCAUGACGAAGCAGACGCUCCCGAUGGCGAAGGCUUAGAUGAAGAACAAGAAAUUCAGAUGGAAGAUGUCGAAGGUCUUGAAGGCGGAGAAAAUGAUUCCGAAAGCGAUGGCGAAGAAACCGAGGAUUGA